AUGCAGCAAACUGAAAGAAGGUUUCCCAGACGCGAAGCAUGGCUGAAAGUCAUGUUUCUUUCGCUGUCAGCGCUGGGAGGACAGAUGUCUUUCUCGAAGCAGGCUAUGGCCAACAGCCAGACCGACGCAGCAACUCAGUAUGCUGUGGAUCCUAGUGGAUUCCGUUUCGAAUCGCUCAAGGACGGGAUCGGUAUGACGCCGAAGGCGGGAGAUACAGUGCGACUGAAGGUUGAGGCCAUUGAACGGGGCACAAGAACAGACGUGAGCCGCAAGGUUGGCCUGAUUGAACGAUACGAGCUGGGAAAGGGUGACCUGGGCAAAGAGCGGACCUGUGCAGUUGAGACGAUGGUUCAAGGCAUGAAGAUCGGCUCGGAGCGCGUCUUGCCCUUGAACAAGGAAGUCUCCGCGUCCACCAUGAGGGUCGUGGACUGGGCAAGAGUGCGAGACAACGAAGCGGUGGACCUUUAUGUGAGGUUGAUCGGGAUCGUUGGGCAUCCAUGCAGCAGUGACGAGGAGGAGAAGAAGAAAGGGAAUCUUGUAGACUUCCACGUCUGCGGUGAAGUCAACAAGAGGACUGAGAGGAUACGGCUGUUCUGCGAGUCUGGCCGCAACCUCUGCGUCGAACCGGAGUACCUGAAGAUGAUGUCAGCCAAGAAGUAG